GCAGAUCCUCUCAAUGACCGCUGGACCGACCGACUCGGCACACGUGUUUCCACCACGCCACGACUUUUACCAAAAUGCAUGUUAAUUGUGACGUAUGCACACGCGCGUGUCACGGCCCGUAUCGAUGCGCGCGCGGGAAAACUUUGACAGUUGAUAUUCGCGCGUUCCAUUUUAUUUUUUUUCGAUGUUGCCAGUGAUCGCGGCGGAUUUAAUGUGAUUUAUAACUGUGUAGUGACUGAAUUGUUAUUUUGUGUGGUUCUUUGACAUUGUGGAUAUGAGUGUUUGUUAUUAAUUUGUGUACUUGUGACAUGUUCGCCGUUUAUCGCUGUCUAAAGAAAAUAUAAGGCACCCUUGCACGUUCGCAAGCAGUUACAAUUGUGAUAGUAUAGACAAGGUUUUACCAACUCUAUAUUCAUUUAAGUUUUAAUAAUGUAAAUUGAAUACAGCUGUUGUACUUAUUAAAAAUGUAUUGAAUAUUGAACUAAAUGCAAAGAAUAUUGGAUGUAUAUUGAGUGAAUUUUGAAAAUGGAACAGUGAAUGUUGAGUAAACAAAGUUUAAUAAUGGAACACCCGGGUGGAUUCGCAUCGUCUCACUGGGCUGCCAUGCUGGGACAUGGCAUGCACGGCAUGAUGCAGCAUGACUAUGGUCAUGCACAUGCGCAUGCGUCGAUGCCGAUGGAUCUGCAUGUUCCUCAGCCGUUUCCUUACUACCGAUAUCGGGACGAGGCGCUUUGCUGGUCUGAUAGAAAGCCAUCAGUAGAUGGUGUUGGCAACGCAGCAUCCGUCAACAGCCGAUACUAUGCACAAGAGAACUGCAUCCUUGAACUUCGAAAAGAGAAGAGUCGGGACGCGGCUCGCUCCAGACGUGGAAAAGAAAAUUACGAGUUUUACGAACUCGCAAAAAUGUUGCCACUCCCUGCCGCCAUCACGAGCCAGUUGGACAAGGCAUCUAUCAUAAGGCUGACCAUAAGUUACCUCAAGUUAAGAGACUUCUCUGGACACGGAGAUCCUCCGUGGAGCCGAGACCCUCCGCCUAGCAGUAAAGCAUUAAAAGGUGCUCAAAGCAGACGAACGGCGAUCGGUCUCGCCAUGGAACUGUUUGAGCAGCAUCAGGGCACACACAUACUUCAGUCUCUCGACGGAUUCGCGUUGUCUGUGGCUGCCGACGGGAGGUUUCUGUACAUAUCUGAAACUGUAUCUAUAUAUUUAGGAUUAUCACAAGUGGAGAUGACGGGUAGUAGUAUAUUCGAUUAUGUGCAUCAAGCUGACCAUGCGGAAAUAGCGGAACAACUGGGGCUCUCUUUAGCUGGAAGAUCAGGCGGCACUGGUUUGAAUAGCCCCGCGUCAGGCAGUGAGGAAGGCAGUCAACAUGGCACCAAUAAUCCUGAUGUAUCAUCACAAAUGAGUUUAGCAGCAAGCGGCCAGUUGUACCGGGGAAUGGAUCGAGCCUUCUGUGUCCGAAUGAAGAGCACCCUCACCAAACGUGGCUGCCACUUCAAAUCAUCAGGAUAUAGGGUGGUACUAAUGCUGUGCAGACUACGGCCACAGUACUCAUUCUCGCACAGCCGGAAGUCACCAACAGUGCUACUGGGGAUGGUAGCCCUGGCUAUAGCACUGCCACCACCAUCAGUACAUGAGAUAAGGCUGGAAUCGGACAUGUUCGUCACAAGGAUCAAUUUUGAUUUCAGAAUAGCGCACUGCGAACCGAGCAGGGUGUCAGAGCUACUCGGGUACACAGCGGAGGAGCUGACGGGGAAGAAUCUGUAUGCGCUCUGUCAUGGAGAAGAUGCAAAUAAACUUAGAAAAUGCCAUGUAGAUUUAAUGAAUAAAGGUCAAGUAUUAACACACUACUACAGAAUAAUGAACAAGCUUGGCGGUUACACAUGGAUGCAGACGUGCGCUACAGUCGUCUGCUCCUCCAAGAAUGCCGAAGAGCAAAACAUUAUUUGCGUCAACUAUGUCAUCAGUGGUCGUGAAUACCCAAACACGGUAAUGGAUUGCUGCCAAUUAGAAGAAAGCGUACAGGGGGUGAAACGUGAAGAAGCGACCGGAGAUCCAGAAAACGGUCCACCUGAUACAGAUAGCUCUGGAGCACCGCCUCCUCCACCACGACAUCCUGCUGAAAGAACUGAACCACCAACAAACACAGACACGGCAUCCACUGCCCCAGUUCCCACGUCCGACGUCACACACUUAACUAGACUAAAUGAUUCCCAACCAUUACCUCUCCACACUAAUCCAGAAAGAACGUCACCAAUGCCGGCAAGAAGACUGAAGAAACGAAAACACACAACAGAGGAAGACGAGGAAAGGGACGACGAUAGGCGAAAGUCUUCUUCCAAUCCUGGCGCGGCCAUAUCACCUGCUGAACGGGAUAUAUCCAAAACAAAUUUAGCAAUCCCAGAAGGCACCACUGACGCUACUUCAGUUAGAGAUUUAGAAAACGCAAUGUCCAAACAUUUACCAUCUGUUGCUUUAGAUGGUAAAGAGAUAUCACAUCGACCAACUGACUUUUCAACGGAUGCUUUACUCAAACAGCAGCAACAGAAGUCAACUAUUCAAUGGAUAGGAACGCAGAAUCACCAUUUAAAUCAUUUGAAUAGGCAAAUACCUGGUAAUCACACAGCAACGCCAGCAUCAGCUCUAUUAAGACAACUUUAUGCAAAUAGGGAGAGUGUUAUUCGUAGUAACUUUUUGGGUGAUGGAAGAACUGGCGGAUAUUAUUCUGGUGAUGGUCAAUCUGGACCUUUACCAACGCCACCCGGUAGCGAAGGGUCAGGGUAUGGGGAACAGUUGGGACAUAAAGGUACGGAUAUAAGUUCUUUAGCUUACGGAGGUUACGCUGAUUACCAUUCAGCGAUGACACCUCCAGGCUCUGUCUCUCCUAGGGACAAGCAGCAAUACGCUCUGCCAUAUGAUAAUAGUGCUUAUUCUGAGGCGUUAAGGCACUCUUACUUGGGAGAGGCGCCUUUGCCUUUGAAACCACAUGCAUAUUCGGCUGUUCCUGGCGCGUUAGAUUACGCGUCGCCAUUAGACCAGUCUCAAUUCUUCCAUCCGCCAUCGUCAUUCCACCUGUAUCAUCCGCAAGCGCACACUGCGCAUGCAACCCACUCUCACCAAAAUGUAGAUAAAUCUAUACCGCCUAAUACUAAUUGGUAUUCAUCCAGCUCAUAGCCAUGUUUACAGUAAACUAACAUUGAAAGGAUAUUGGGAAGACUUGGAGUUGCAUGUGUUCAAUUGUUUGUUUCAAAUAUUUGUUCCGUAUUAACUAUUUGGGUUUUAAAACCGUUGUUAUGUUUAGUAUUUUUGUUAUCGUUGAAUUGACGUGACUUGUUCAGUUUUAUGAAUUCACUUGAAAAUUUUAGAAUUUUAAUGAAAACUCUCAGUUUUAUCUGUUUAAUUCCGUUUAUAAUUUAUAGUAAAAGGCAAAGUGUAUACGGAUGAAAAGACUAUAACAUUACAAUACUCACACGAAUAGCUAAAUCUGAUUAGAUAAAUAUGGCGUUUAGAAAUCUCACCAUGAGUACUUAAACCUUGUUUUUUAACCAAUGAAUAUACUCUAUUAGCAAUUAAUGUGCCAAAAUAACGGUGCUUAUGGCUCGGUAAAAUGCAUUUCUACUUAGCUUAAUACUGGGCACAUAUAAACAUUCCAUAUUCUUGAAAUUGUUCUUAUGAGGAUGACAUAGAGAACAAAUUUAUGCAUUAUUUAAUUUUCUUAAAAAAAUCUUACAUGUAUUUUAAUUUACGUUGUCAUAUUUAAAAGUAAAUAGUACUUUUAAUUUUCUGCUCAAUGAACGUUACUCAAUGUA